AUGGGCGCCACCCGGAAUGUCCUCCUCAUCUUUCUGGCUGCCGCCAUUCUCACCGCCGCCGCCUCAGCACAAACACUCGUCCACACAUACCCACCCUCCCUCUUCGCCACCAUCCUCUCCGCCCUCGGCUUCCGAGACCUCUCCAACGUCACCGCCAAUGCCAACCUCUCUCUCACCGCUCCCUCCACUGUCUUCGCCCCCACCGACUCCUCCCUCCUCACUUGCCCCUCCUGCUCCCUGCCUCUUCUCCUCCAAGAACAUUCCCUCCCGGGCCUCUACUCUUUCCACUUUCUCCGCAACUUAGCCUUCGGCACCAAGAUUGAGACCUUCGCCCGCAACCGCUGUCUCACCAUCACCGCUUCCCCCAUCAUCAACCCCUCCGACGCCGUCUCCACCCCGAAAAUCUUCGUCAACGGCGUCGAAAUCACCAAACCGGACCUCUUCAAUAAUGGCCUCGUCAUCGUCCACGGCAUCCAGGGGUUUAUGUCUCAUCUCUCGCCGACUUCCUGCACUAUCGAGAAAAUGACUACCCUCGCCUACCCAGACCCCCCGCCGCCCACGGCAGAGUUCUUGGUCAUGCGCUCGAUGCUGAAAGAGGCCAUGGCCGAGUUGCGUGUCAGGGGGUUCAGUUUGGUGGCUCUGGCGAUGAGGGUCAAGUACCCGGAGCUGGCAGACCUCAAGUCCAUGACGCUUUUCGCGAUUGACGAUGGGUCCAUCUUCGCCGGAGGGGGAGGGCAUGCUUACGUCACCGACCUAAUGUUCCACAUAGUGCCCAACAGAAUUCUGAAGGGGUCGCACUUAAUGAGUCUGCCGCUGGAUACGGUGAUCCCGACGAUGGAGCGCGGGCAGGAACUGGUUGUGACCACCGCAGACGGAGGAGGGCCCUUGUCUCCCAUGAGGAUAAACUACAUGAAGAUUAAGAGCCUUGAUUUGGUGAGUAACAAGAGGAUAGUGGUGCAUGCACUGUCAAACCCAUUGCCCCACGUGCACCGUCGGACGGCGGUUAGGGAGGAGGAGGCCACUUGUGAUGAGCACCAAAGUGGAUUGUGCGAGGAAAGUGGUGGUACUAAACGACCAACGGUGCAAAUUGAAGAUCCUUUUGGUUUGUGA